ACAAGAAGAGAGGAAGAAGAGGAGGAGAAGGAGGAGGGGGUGAUGGAUAAUUAGAAGGAGGAGUAGAGAGAGAGAGAGUUGGAGAAGGAGGUGGAGAAGUAAAGAGAAGAAGUUGAAGUCUGUACAGUUAGCUUCAGUCUGCCAAGCUGUGACGUCUAUUUUUGCAUUGUGACAUUUCAUCAUCACCGUUAUAUUUUGGUGUUGAGAAUCGAACUGACUGUGAUAAAGGAGAUAAUAUUUUGAUAACGCAUCCCCUCACCCAUCCCCUUAGCAAGCCACCAGCCAGCAGUCACCACCUCAGUCAGCCUACAACUUCUGAAUCGCCAGUUGGAGAAUGGAUAUGAUUAGGGUGGUGACUCUCAUCUGCUUUCUUCUGUCAAUUCUCAUUCAUAUGGAAAAUGCCAAUGGAAGGAGGACAGAGACAAAUGAGGAAACUUAUGGCCAGUAUUGGGAGAGGGUAUCUAGAUCUUUUUCCAAUCAACGUUCUUCCUGCUUUAGUAAAUUUUCCAGAACGAAGUCAUCAGUAUCUAUUAAUGACCAGAGAUAUACUGAGAUGGCGGUAGCUUUCAAAUUAAUGUUGACCAUAGUAGGGUUCUAUGGUCCUGCCACAGUUGAAAAUUUGAAACCAGUUCUGAUUGCACACAAAUUUGACAAAAGAGAUUUCAUAUCACUUGCUGAUAAGGAAGAUAGAAAACGAUGGGAUCUCGUUCUGAAGUUACUAUGGAUGAAAGAAUUUCAACAAGAAUAUAAUCCUUUUGAUCACGUGAGAGUACAUGAACAUGACAUGCAGUCAACACCACAGGAAGAAAAUAAAAUAAAAGAAAAGUUUAUUGAAGAAAAACCAAUAGGAGAAAAACCAUAUACUGUACGAGGAGCUUGUUCUAUGCAAUGUUACUUAUCCAAAAGUGAAUAUGAAGGAAUAUACAACAAUAUAGAUGCACAAUUGGGAAACAUCGAGGAAAAUGAGAAACGAAGAAAGCUGUGCACUUAUUCCUGCAUUCUAGAGCGAACAGGACUGGUCGACUCUAAUGGGAAGCUUCGAAGACACAUAAGAUUGGAUCAAAUUUUAUCAGACGUGCAAAAUAUAUUGGGAAAGUUAUUUCCAAAAUCACUCCCAGAAUGUAAGUUUAGCGAUCCGAUACUCUCCAAUCUCAUUGGAAUCAUCAAGGAAGUGAUUGAACGAUGUGCAUCACGUGGUACUGAACAGGAAAUCGACCGCAACACAUUAAAAUACUUCAAUUGUGCCCUAGAAUUGGAAGGCGGAACAGUAAUGAGAAGAUUCAAAAGUAUUUGGAUGCCCAGAGAUGUGGCCAUUGAUGACUAAGGAAGAAAAGCAAGCAGGCAAAAAAUAAAAUCGUGUAAACCCAGCCCGGAAUGAAAAGAAUCAAUAAGAAAAACAAGAAGAGCAAACAGGUUAAAAUCAAAUAUGCAGUGGAAAUGGAAAUAAAUAUAGAAAAAAAUAUUUGGAAAUGUUACACUAUGCGUCUCAUGAGACUCAGUAAGGAUAAAUUGAUGUAUGAAUAAAUAAAUAAAUAAACACAUGGAUAAAAACAUGGAUAAAUAGAUGAAUGAAUGAAUAAAUAGAUAAAUAGAUUAAUGAUAAAUUAAUAGAUUAAUAACUAAAUGAAGGAAUGAUUGAACGAUUAAAUGAAUAAAUACAAAAAUUAAUAGAUAAUUGAAUUAAUCAUUAAAUGUAUGGAUAAAUAAAUGAAUAGAAAAUGAUUGAUUGAUUGA